UGAAUUUAUUAGGCAUACUUGUCUUCUUCUCAUUCCUAAGUAGAAAAUUAUCACAUCCUUAACAAACCCAAAAGCCCUUGUACUUUCUAUGUUCCCAUUAUUUGAUUUCUCAUUCCUCCACAUUUAAAUCAAAUACUCUCUCCUUAAAACAAUUCUAUAAAUACAAACACCAACCUUAUUCCAACUCUUUAUACAAUAAAAAAUAAGGAAAAUAAAAAAUAAAAAAUGAACCUCCUCAUGACAUGCCUCAUCCUGCUUCUAUCACUCCAAGCUUCCUCUUGCACACCAUGCAAAUUCCCUGCCAUAAUUAACUUCGGUGACUCCAAUUCUGACACCGGCGGCCUCUUUGCCACCUUCGACCGCCCUAGUUCGUCUCCAUAUGGAGAGACCUUCUUUCACAUGCUAGCCGGUCGAUACUCCGAUGGCCGUCUUAUUAUCGACUUUAUAGCUGAGAGUUUUGGUUUGGCAUACUUGAGUGCAUACUUAGACUCUUUAGGCACUAACUUUAGUCAUGGAGCCAACUUUGCCACUGCUGGAUCAACCAUCAUGCAACAAAGUGCGCCACUAAAUAAAGGUGGCUAUAGUCCCUUCUCAUUAGAUGUCCAGUUAUUGCAGUUCUCUCAUUUUAAAUCCAGGUUUCAAAUGAUCUCCAAAAAAGGAAAAGUUUUCAAAAGCUUGAUGCCGAAGAAGGAUUAUUUCAAAAGAGCUUUGUAUACAAUUGACAUCGGUCAAAACGAUCUCACCGAGCUUUUUUUUAGUAAUCAAUCUGCUGAUGAUUAUAUCCCAUUGACAAUGAAGGUGUUCAGAGAAGUUGUAAAAGAGGUGUAUAAACACGGUGGCCGACACUUUUGGAUCCAUAACACGGGUCCUUUAGGCUGCCUGGCCUAUGCUCUUAUCAGAAGACCUUCGUCCUCCCCGGAACUCGAUUCGGUUGGCUGUGCCGUGAUUUUCAAUAAAUUAGCACAAAAAUUAAAUAACAUGCUCAAUGAAACAGUGACACAGCUCAGAAAAAAUCUGCCUUCUGCAACAUUCAUCUAUGUAGAUGUUUACUCUGCUAAAUACAAGCUUUUCAGCAACGCAGAAAAACAUGGAUUUGAGAUUCCAUUGAGAACAUGCUGUGGGUAUGGUGGUGGUGAUUAUAACUUUGAUCUUAAUGUGAUGUGCGGAGACAAACGCAUAGUGAAAGCAUGUUCAUAUCCAGAUAAAAGCAUAAUUUGGGAUGGAGCUCAUUACACUGAAACUGCAAACAAAUGGGUUUUCAACGAGAUAGCCACAGGAAAAUAUUCACAUCCUUCUCUUCCUCUUUCUCAGGCUUGUUAAUGAAUAAUUCCCUUAGAUCAUGUUGCGGAGAACAAACAGCUUGAUGAGUGGACCGAUUAA